UCUUCUGCAUUCACACUGCUCACUCACUCUUCAGUCCAUCUUUCACAAUCACACUGCACCCCCCACUCAUACUUCUUCAUCACAUUCCUCCUCUUCUCUCCCCCUCUCUCUAUAUAUGAUUCACUUCGUCUCGCACCUUCUCCAAAUUCAGAACGUCCCUUUAAACUGGAAGGAACACAGCUUCAAACAUUUCUAAGUCUGAGGAGAAAAUUAAAAAAAAAAGGCCAAACCAAUAACAACAACAGGAACAACUAAAUUUAAAAACAGAAACCAAACUUUAUCAUUAUUCCUCCCACUUCAAACAUCUUUCUGAAAUAAUUAAUUACAUGAGUGUUUGUUUUAAUUAAGAAACUGGAUUUCUUUCACAAUACAAAUUAAAACUAGCGAGGUUUUGGAUUGAACCCUACGAUGCAAAACCAAAGGUAAAUGUGCCACAGCCUUUGGUUGACCUGUGACUGAAAUUUGGUAGACAGAAAUUGUAAGGAAGCCGACCAUUCCUGUUAUUGAGUAGCAGACUCUUGAAUAUCUUGUUAGCAUUUUGUUAAGUCUCUGCUUCCAGAUUCCUCCUUAUUCUACUCUGGAAACUCCCGGCAUUCGAGAAAGUGAUUUAUUGAACCAGUUAUAAUUUGUCGAAAACUGCCAUUGACCAAGGAAAAGAAAAAAGAUAAACAGAGAUAAAAGGGACAAAAUUAAAACCAGAAAUAAAUAAAGACGAAUAAUAAUAAUUAGGAUUUACCAAAUUUAAAUUGAAUCACAAGAAAAAGGAAAACAAAGUUCGAAAGAGCAACGUCUUUCAUUUGAUUUUGUUUCUAAGUUGAGAUUGCCAACAGAUUGUGAUGUCAUUUCGGUGAAGUUGGUUCAAGAUGCCAUAUGAGGACCAAUAUGGCAGGACGUGUGGUUUCCUUAAUAUUGAGGAAGAUGAGAAUACGGGAGUGUUUAAAAGGAGGUACUUCCUACUGGAUUCCAACACAAACAAACUGCACUACUUCAAGGAUAACCCGAUAAAUUUAAACAGUCAAUCCCACAAUCCAGUAUGGGAGAUUGAACUUCAAAAGGUCUCCAAGGUCAGUGAUGCUCGUAAACUCCGACCCAAGGUUGACUUCUGCUUUGUGGUCAACUUUGCUGGUCAGCGUUAUUUUCUACAAGCGGAGGACCAGACAGACAUGAACAAGUGGAUUGAUGUCCUCAACAAUGCUAGUAAAAUUAUUGUUCCCAAAUCUGAAGCACAAAAACAAGAAGCAAUGGAAUGGCAUUAUGGUGAUCUAACACAGGCCAGUUACCGAACCCAGGUGGCUGGAGGGGUAGUUUGUAAAAUUGCUCAGGAGACAAACCCUGACGAGUUAAGUGGAAGUGCUGAUAGUGAUGAUAAUGUCUCCGGCCGAGGUACCCCAGCUUGCCAUCUCGCAGCUCACAAGUCUGGUUAUGCUGUCAAGCAGGGAGCUGUGCGGAAAAGCUGGAAACGGAGGUUUUUUGUACUCACAGAUCAAGGAAUUUCAUACUAUCAAUCAGAACAAUCACUGUCUCCAAUACGAACAAUACCUAAAAAUAAUCUACUAGAAGUUAAAAAGUCAAUUGCGACACACCUUGACAGAGAUAACCUAUUUGAAAUAAUUACCUCAAAGAGAACAUUCUAUGUCCAGGCAGAUUCUCCAACAGAUAUGAGCAGCUGGAUUGAUGCGAUACAAAAACUCCUUAAAACUAUUAAAUGUGAAGAACGAAAGUCUAUGCAAGAUGGCAGUAAUAAAACUCCAAAUUAUGAUAUGGAAGUUGUCUAUCCGAAGGGCCAGUGGUUUCAGAAUCUCUCUUCAUGUUGGUGCCGAGAAAGUGAAUCUAACCAACAACAACAACAUCAGCCGUCCACCACUGAGGUUACGGGUGGGGAGGAGCCACCAGUCCUGACCAACAAGGUAAAGGAGCUAAAAACACAAAUUUGCUGAAAAAAAUAUGGCUUUUUCGGUAGCCGUUGGCUGUCUGUCUAUCUUUCAAUGUGAUGAUCAAUUACUUUGUCGCUUCAGUGUGAGAUCUACAAGAACACACUGACGACGACGACGAUGAUGCUAGUGGUGUUAAUGUUUAUAUGAUGAGGAUGAUGAGGAGGAUAUGGAGUCAAAUAACAAUGACAAGAACAACCACAAAAUAAUUAUGGGACUGUUUCUAUCGGUUGAAGUAUUAUGAUACUGUAUAAAGAUAAAGCAGUUGGUGUCUUCAAGAUAAUUGUGUGUAAACAAAUAUAUUUAUACAUAUAUAUAUAAACAUAUGUAUAUUCACUUAUAUAUGUAUAUAUUUAUAAUUAUAUACAUUAUAUAUAUAUAUAUUUAUGAAUAGAUUAAAUGAUAGGAAAUUGAAUGAAUUGUAUUAUUUGAACUCACUGAGAAGUGGUUUUAAAUAAUGUCAUUCAUUCCUUUUUCUAUCAUUUAUCUAUUUGUAUAAACUCUAUGUAUACUAUGGAAUUACUGAUGUAUAUCCUGUUGCUGGAGCAUUUCCACUAUAUGAUGACAUUAGGUAGCCAAUAAUGGUGGACAAGCUUUACAUAGCAUUCUACAAGGUUUUUACCCGAAUCUUAUUUAACAUAUUUAUGUGUAUACAUACAUAUAAUAAUUGUAUAAUGAAUUAUAUAACAAUGUGUUAUAUAUAUAUGCAUAUUUAUAUGUACUAUAUAAUACAUAUAAAAUAUUAUAUAUAUAUAUAUAUAUAUAUGUAUGUAUGUACAUAUAUAUGCAUGUGUGUGUGUGUGUAUAUAUAUAUAUAUAUAUAUAUAUAUAUAUAUAUAUAGAUGAUGAUGAUUUAUAUGUAAUGCAUAAUACAUAUAAAAUAUAUGAUUUUUACAUUAAGAGUGUGUGUGUGUGUAUAUAUAUAUAUAUAUAUAUAAACCUCUCCAAGGUUUAUCUCUACAGGGGUCAAUAAAAAGUAUUAAUCAAGUUUUGGGGGCCAAUAAAAUCAAAUGGUCCCUUACCCCUGUAUUAUGGCCUUCUCCCCAUAUAAAAGCAAUUAUAUAUAUAUGCCAUAUACGAUAAUAAGGUUUAUAUGUAUAAUAUACUCUAAUACCAUGCAAUAAGAUAUUAUUAUUAUUAUUAUUAUAUACAAGUCCUCCCCAUCUGAUAUUUUUGCUUAUGAUUUCUUUAACUAGUUCAGGAAAGUGGGUUUUUUUUUUCUCUCAUAACAGAAAAAGAUUAGAGAACAAAAAAAAAACACAUUCCUUAAUCUUCUCUUCUGUUCUAUUUGUGAAUCAGUUUUCCUUUUUUCUGCACUUCUUCAUUCUCGAGCAGCUGUUCUAUAUUAUUAUUAUUAUUAAAGUGGUGAGCUGGCAGAAUUGUUAGCGUACCGGGCAAAAUGCUGUGCAGUAUUCUGAGUUCAAAUUCUGCCAAGGUUAACUUUGUUUUUCAUCCUUUCAAGGUUGAUAAAUAAAAUACCAGUUAAACACUGUGGGUUGACAUAAUUGACUAGCCCACUCCCCACAUAUUUCAGGCCUUGUGCCUAUAUUAGAAAGGGUUGUUAUUAUAAAUAUUGUGUGAUGUUUUUGAAGGCUAACUUGAAUUUUAGACUAGCUUCAAAGAUAUGAUUAGUCUAAUACAAUAACACAAAUAUUGUGUGUGUGUGUGUGUAAGUGUGCACACAUAUCUAUAUAUUAAAGAUUAUUUGCCAACAUAACAUGGCAGUCCUGGUUUAGGACGAAUGUUACUGUAAUUUAGCCCCAGGAGACAUCAUCUCCAGCUGGCUAUACGACAUGAUCUGUGUCCUUAUAUUUUCGAACAAGGGCAUUCAGCACCCACCCCUUGUUCAAAAAUAUAAGGACACAGAUUGUGUCAUGUAGCCAGCUGGAGACAAUGUCUCCAGGGGUUAAAUUACAGCAACAUUUGUCCUAAACCAGGACUACCAUGUUAGGUUGGCAAAUAAUCUUUACUCUAGAGGACUGUUGCUGAAUAUCUCUUGAUGUGAGAUUUACAAAUAGUAAUUUCCAAUGUCUAUAUAUAUAUACCUAUGUAUACAUACACACACAUACACGUGUAUAUAUAUAUAUAUAUUCAUAUGCAUAAAUGUAUACAUAUACAAGCAUAUAUAUACACAUGCUUCUUUCAAAGCCCAAAUACACAAAAACCUCAAAUAUUUUACAUAUAUGUCACAAAGACAUCCUGAUAAAUAUGCAAAAUUAUUACAAAGGCAUGUGAAAGCACACACACACACACAAAGGAAAUUUCAGCGUCUUUUGUUCACUUAUUUAUAUAUUUUUUUAUUGUUUCAUCCCCCACCCUGUCCACCACAUGUUAUAUUUAAGCAAACACUCUUCCCAACUGCUCUUGUAUUUGAACUCUUGUCCUUCCUUGAUCAUCCUGUCAAUAAGUUUUCAUUUAUAAACCGCAGUAACGCCUACAUUACCAAAAUCUCUCUCAUGUCCUCCCCUCACUGUCGCUCUGAACUUUUACCACUUUUCAUUUUCCUCUCUCAUAUUGACUUGUAAACUCUCUGCCUCCACCUCACUGUAUAAGUAUGUAUUUAUCUGUAUCUGUGUGUGGAUGUGAGUGUGUAUGUGUCUUUGUUUGUAAGUGUUCAUUUCUGUCUAUAUGCCUCUCUUUCUCUCUCUCUCUCUCUCUCUCUCUCUCACUCCCUUCUUUUCUAUUUGUCUAUCACUAUCUGCUUGCCUAUCUGUACCUGCUUCUCUCUCUCUCUCUCUCUCUGUAUUUAUCUGUCUCUUUCUCCCUGUCUGUCUCUUUAAGUCAGUCUCUCUCUCUCUCUUUCUCGCCCUCUCUCUUUCUCGCUCUCUCCUAAAACUCUCACCCCGUCUGACUUAAUGUUGAAGAAAUUAACUGAAGAUCUAUUGGAAUAUUAAACUGACCCCAACGUUAAGUUAAAUGGUUACUGAUUCCUCCAGUUGACCAAAAAAAAAUAAAUAAAAAAGAAAAAAACUGUUAAAAAUCAAAACUCCAGUGGCCAGAAUCCAAUGGCCAGUAAAUUAUUCAAUGUAAACAAACACCAAAAAAUACAAACAAAUUAUUUGGUGAUAUCUUCUGUCCAUUGUAUUAUUUAAAAACAAAGUCUGAAUUUUGUGUAAAAAAAACAAAAAAAAAACUCGGUAAAUUAACCUCAUUAUGUUUUGUCA